AUGAAAGCAUAUCACGAACUCCUUGAUGAGAUUCAGCGCGACGUCGAACGUUUGCGUGAAGAAUCGGGGGGUGUGCCGUGCCCAUCUAACUGCUUUUCCUGCUGUCGGAACACCGCGACUAUGGCGAUAAGUGAGGUCGAGGCUCGUGACUUAAAGGUCGGAUUGGAAGCACUUCCUGUUGAAAUCCGCUCACAUAUUCGUAGGAAAGCGGAACAGAGCAUCAAGAAAUUGAAGGCGCACGGCUAUGACGCUGAAAACAUAAUGCCGGAUGCUGGCAUGGAAGCUAUUGGGGUCCUAAAAGGCACGCCUGAAGGCGAAUGCCCUAUGCUAAUCGGUAUGGACAAAGCCGUAGAACGGAUACACAAGGCGAUCUCACGCGGUGAGAAAAUCUGUGUCUAUGGCGAUUACGAUGUCGAUGGCACGACAGCGACCGCAUUACUGCUCAACACAUUCCGCCAGAUGGAUGUUCCCAUUGAUUAUUAUAUCCCGAAUCGGUUCGGAGAAGGUUACGGAUUAAGCGAAAAAACCGUAAAAAAGAUACACCAGAAAAACGAAGCGAAGUUACUCAUUACCGUAGACUGCGGUAUCACGGCGGUUAAAGAGGUUGCGUUGGCGAACCAACUCGGUAUAGACGUUAUUGUCACGGAUCAUCACCAACCAGAAGAGGAACAGCCGCCAGCAUACGCCUUGAUUUCACCUAAGAUUCCGGGGAAUGAAUACCCCUACACCGAACUCGCCGGUGUCGGUUUAGCCUUCAAAUUAGCACAGGCGUUAGCAGACGAUACAGCGUUUCUGGAGUCUCAGCUGGAUCUGGUAGCAUUGGGGACCGUCGCAGAUAUCGCACCGCUGACUGGGGAGAACCGCAUUUUGAGCCGUUUGGGGUUAGCAGAACUUGAUAAACGCGAACGCCCCGGAGUUCAUGCUUUGUGCGAAGUCGCUGAACAUAAAAUUGACACACCACUUGAUGGAAACGCGAUCUCUUUUAAGUUAGGACCCCGUAUCAAUGCCGCUGGGCGGAUGGGCACCGCACACAAAGUGGUCGAGCUCUUCACCACCGAUUCCGAGGAUGAGGCAACUCGGAUCGCCUCUGAAGUCAAUGAGGCAAAUAAGAGACGACGAAAACUCGGAAAACAGAUUCAAGACGAAGCAUUGGAAAUCAUUAAAAAAGAGAUAGACGAUGAUACUGUCGGGAUCGUUGUUGCCAGCGACAAGUGGGACGAAAAAGCAGAAGAUGCAGCAAAAGGCAAAGAAAAAGGGGUGGUCGGUAUCGUUGCCGCUCGUCUGAAGGAAACCUUUUACAAGCCCACCGUUGUCCUUGCAAUUGACGGCGAUGAGGCUACUGGAUCUGGACGUUGUAUCGAAGGAAUGAACCUUGCUGAUAGUUUUGUUGCCUGUACCGAAUUGCUUGUGAAACACGGUGGACACCAAGCAGCAGCUGGGUUAACGCUCAAAACAAAAAAUAUUCCCAAAUUCAGGAAGGCUUUCAACGAAUACGCUUCUGAACAUCUCACAGAGGAAGCAUUGCAACCGAAACUCUACCUUGAGUUUGAAACGCGUCUUUCACUUUUGACGUUAGAGACGCUAAAAGAGCUUGAGCAAUUUGAACCUUUUGGCAAAAAUAAUCCAGUACCCUAUUUUGGUACACGACGCGUCAAAGUUAAUGGUGUCCCUACCCAAAUGGGAAAAGAGAAAAACCACCUGCGAAUGUUUGUUAGCGAUGGCACGGUGAAACGAUGCGCGAUUGACUGGGGAUCAGGGGACAAACUUAUCACUUUCAGACGCCCCAAUAUGUCACUCAAUAUCGCCUUUUGCACCCCAAAUCAACGAGUGGCAAGGGACCCGUUCCGUACAACUUAUCCUUGA